AUGAAGAAGCACUUUCUCUAUGCCCCAUUGGGAAACAAGAGACACAAUCGAGAGCUGCAACUUUCCUCCGUCGUGAGCGUCGGCACCCUGCCCUCCAGACUACAGACCAUCCUUGUCUUCCUCUACUUCUCCAGCCAAGUCGCAUACUGCGUCUUCCUGGACUACAAGGUCAACCACAAGGCAGCGCUCGUGGCUGAGCUCCGCGGACGAUCCGGGACGCUGGCCGUCCUCAACAUGGUCCCUCUCUUCGUUCUCGCCGGCCGAAACAAUCCCUUAAUAUCAAUUCUUCACAUCAGCUUCGACACAUACAACCUCCUCCACCGCUGGCUGGGCCGUAUGGUAGUAGUUGAAUCAGUCGUCCACACAGCCGCAUGGGCCGUCAACGCCGUGGACGAGCAAGACUUCGCCGACAUGCUGAUCCGACUUCGAUCAACCCCAUUCUUCACCUGGGGCCUCGUUGGAACCGUCGCAAUGAUCUUCUUGGCCCUGCACUCUCCAUCCCCAGUCCGCCACGCUUUCUACGAGACAUUCCUUCACCUCCACCAACUAGCAGCGGUACUAGCCUACCUCGGCGUCUUCCUGCACCUCAAACUCGACAACCUCCCCCAACUAAGCUGGGCAAUCGCCAUAGCAGUCAUCUGGUUCCUAGAACGCUCAGCCCGUCUCAUUCGCCUCCUCCACCUCAACGUCUCAACAGGAGGAACAACCACAAUGACCGUCCAAGCCCUUCCCGGCGAAGCCUGCCGCGUAACCUUCCACCUCCCAAAACGCAUCGAUAUCAAACCAGGCUGCCACGUCUUCGCCUACAUCCCCCAAAUCUCCUGGUGGAUGUCACACCCUUUCUCAAUCGCCUGGGCCGAAGACGCCUCAACCCCCCAAAUCCAAUCCUCCAAAUACGCAGACCUCGAAAAACAAAUUACCCUCCCCUCAACAACAAAAACCCAAGUCUCCCUAAUCAUCGGCGCCCAAAAAGGCAUGACCCGCCGCCUCUUCAACCUCGCCAACGCCUCCCCUUCAAAAUCCCUCUCCCUCUCGGGCUUCAUUGAAGGCCCCUACGGCUCCCACCCAAGCAAUCCCGCAAGCUACGGGACAGCAGUCCUCUUCUCCGCAGGCGCGGGUAUCACACACCACCUCCUCUACACCCGCCAAUUAGUCCAAGCAGCAAACGAAGGCACCGCAGCUACCCGCCGCGUCUACCUCGUUUGGUCCGUCCGCUCAACAGAUCACUUAUCAUGGGUUAGCAAGUUCAUGGACCAGAUUCUGCGCCUGCCGGGCCGGCGCGAUAUCUUGACUGUCAAGUUGUUCGUGUCGAAACCGCGCAAGGCGUCUGAUAUCGUCAGCCCGUCCCCUUCGGUCACGAUGCAGGCUGGUAGGUGUCGGCCGGAUGUUGUGCUUGAUGAGAUUUUGCCUGGCCGCACCGGUGCUACGCUGGUGAGUGUUUGUGGGCCUGGGGCUUUUGCGGAUGAAGUUAGAGCUGCGGCUAGGGGGAGGAUUGGGAAGGGUGCUGUGGUUGAUUUUGCCGAGGAGGCUUUUACUUGGUGA